ACUAUUUUUCUAGAUGUUUAUUAUUACUAGAACGUAGUGUUAUGAUUAUAUGCUCUUUGAUUAAUACUAGUUGUCGUUCCUAUUUAUUCAUAAUUUUUGUCAAAUAAGACGAAUAUCCGGCCAUCAUAAUUAUAAACUAUUUACGAACGAUAUGGUAGAGAAACACUGAAGAGAGGUUAUCCGGUUGCGAGUGGUGAAGAUGGAUAGGGGUAAGAUGUCGUCUUCGGGGCGCGGAGGCAAGAGCAAGGCUCCGCAGCACCCGCAGGACAUCUUCGCGCUGGGUACCAAGUCUACUGUCGUCGUAUCGCGAGACCAGGAAAAGAGGAAUAUACACAAGCCUUCAAGUAGUGGUGUAGAACGCAAACGUGAAGGCACAUCAACUUUUGGUGCUGCUCCACCCACCAAGAGAUCUAGAAUAGGCUCGCCAGCAGAGGCUGUUGGAGGGACAUCCUUAGAGGUCGACCCUGUGGAUCUUGUCCCCAAUGUGCUGCAAGCUUUGGAUACCCAUAACUCUGAUAAACUGCUUGGUCUUCUCACAGGCUCAAUCCGUCUACUUAAGUCCCAACGCUCGAAACCCGACCCAAUCCUCUGCAUGAGUAUGCUGUAUUUGUGCAAAAUCCGGCCAAACAUGUUUGCACAUGACGUUGUGACCCAGAGUUUAUGCACGCUGUUGAAAAGGGAACAGGGGGCUGCAUUUAAAAGUAAAGGAAAUCCGCUGGUGUUUGUACUGGCGUGCAAUAUGCUGUAUGCUGGGCAUAGAGAUAGUAAUAAUUGGCCUGAUACUUUUAUUAAGGUGUAUAUUGAAGAUGCCUUAAACGAGAGGUGGUGGGUGGAAUGUUCAUGGUGUAAGUGCCUGGUUGAGAAUAUUGCCACUGCCUUCAGCACCAAGACUCCGCCUCCGCAUCUGAUCCCAUCUGACAGUGCACUUGCUGCUGGCGGCACGAUGUCGCCGUCAGGGUCGGGUUCUCCGUUGAUGGGAAGCACGGAUGACGAUCCUGACAACACAGACCUAGAGUAUACCGUUUUUCCCAGAUAUUCCAGUAGCUAUGAAACUGUUGAGGCGCUGGUGCUGGAGGCCAUCAAAGACCAGAUCCAGCGGCGCGCCGCGCCGGACGCUAUUGGGAAAGGAUUUUUGAAACUGUUGUCUGCUACUUGUGGUUUCCCCGAGAUUCGAAUGAUAUCCGCCUCCCGCCUCGAAGCGUGGCUCCACUCGGGCAAGCUAUGGCGCGCCGCGCAAGAACUGCUCGCGUACGUGUGCUGCAACGCCGACGCGUGCGGGCCCACUGCGGCGCGCGACCACGAGGUGCUGGCGCAGCUGGCCCGCAUGCGGCUCAAGACCAAGCCGCUGCAGCAGGCGUACCAGGCCUGUCUCAGGGAGAUGGUGUCCGACAGCCCAGCACUACUCCGCAGCGUGGUCACUCACACGAUCUACAACGAGCUGUCCAACGUGCGCUCCCCGAACAACAUGGCGGUGCUGGCCGCGCUCAUACAAGCGCAGCCGCAGGCUGUACCCGCCGCCAUGGCGGACACGUACCAGGAGCUGGUGCUGCGUCAGGAAGACUACCUGCGUCCACUGCGCGCCCUGUCUCGAGAAUGCGUACGCGCAGCGCGGGCCGACGCUCAGGCGCUAGUGCCGCUAGCGCGCGCGCUCGCCAUGCCGCCGCCACACGAGCCGCCGCAAGAGAUCCGUGAGCGCGCGUUCAACUCCAUCGCCGACCUGUUCUGCUGUCUGUGCCUAGUGACAGCAUCGCACAGCAAACACAUCCCCGAGUACCGUCAGCAACUGUGUGUGAUUCAGUGCUGUGCUUUAGGCUGGUUGCUUGACACAGCGGCGGCGGUGUACCGUCCGCAAAGACACGACUUCCAGCUAGCGCUCAAUAAAAUAAUGUUCGUGGAGCCGGCGGACACGUACAGCAAACCGGAUAAUUGGCCACCGGAGUCCGAGCGCGCGCUCACGUACCGGUUGUGCUGCGAAACGCCACUGCCACAGAACACCCUGCUGCGAGUCAUCUUCAUCGGUCUCGCUAAGGAGAUCCCAGUAGGGCCUGCCGAAACAUUCGAACUGGUGGAACAACUAGUCCGCCGCGCCUGCGCCCUACCACCGGACGACACUCCCCUACCCGUGGACAAGUUGGAACUGGCCGACUACGUGUUCCAACUGUGCCAGUUCACCCCGCCCGACAACAUCACCUUACCACCCGGGUACACGGCUCCUCCACUGGCCAUCACGUCACUAUACUGGCGAGGAUGGAUCCUCCUGGUGAUGCUGGCGGCGCACAACCCCGGCGGGUUCGCCGAGCGCGCCGCCGCCGCCUACCCCACGCUGCGGGCCCUCGUCGAGACCUGCAUCACCAGUAAACCUAGCGUGGAAUGGAGCAACAGCGCCGCAGAAGCGGAACGGUUAGAAGCCGAGCGAGCCGCUGUGCUGCAGCUGGAGACGCACCUCGCAGCCGCCAGCAACGCCAAGCUGCCCAUUACUGAACACAACUCUCGGCUGCUCAGUCAGCUGACGACCCUAGAUCCACUCGGGCCAGCGCGCAAGCCUCCAGCUUCCAUCCUCGAGAGCCUGCAGCAGACCAGCCAGGCGCUCCGCCUCGGCCGCCUGCUGUGCCGGCAGCCGGCCCUGCUCCUCGAGCUGGUGGAGCGGCACGGCACGCGCCGGGCCAUGCCCUGGCUGCACCAGCUGCUGCGCCACGACCAGCUGGAGCUCAGUGUGCUACCAGUGCAAUGCUUGUGCGAGUUCCUAUCCGCGGGCGGUGCGGGCGGCGAGGCAGGCAAGGCGGGCGAGCUGGCCGCUCACCUGCGGCGCACGGUGGCGUCGAGCGAGGAGGGCGCGCGCGCCGUGCUGCAGUACUACACGCAGCGACUCGCGCACUCGCAUGCGCCCACCCGCGCACAAGCCAACAGGGGCCUCAAACUAGUUCUGACGCAGGCUGAAGAUACGGCUGAAAUGGACUACAACGCAGACGUCGGCCCUGAGGAAUGGCUCGAGCUGCUAGUCCAGCUUCGCCACUGGGAUGCCGUCCGCGACGAGGUCCUCGCCCGUCUCCGCGCCGCCUGCCUCGCCGAGUGCGUGCCGCGCCACCUCGCCGCCUACAUCGCCUUCCUCGCUGAGCACGCCGACACCCUCCCUCCCCUAGUGCUGGACUUGAGUCAAGUGGUGAUGGAGCGCCAAGUAGUGAUAGGUGGCGUACUUCCACCGGCGGAACCCCGAGCUGUGCCUGAUCGUCUGCAGCACCGCACUCUUCACGCCAUCACCUCCAUCUUCUACACACACUUGCGGAAGGCGCGCUCGUCGGGAGCCCUGACGGCGGAGGCGGGCGCGGAGUGGGGCGCGGGGGGCGCGGGGGGCGCGGAGUGGGGCGCGGGCGGUGCGGCGGCCGGGGAUCUAGUGACUCUACAGUGGAGCUCCGCCGCCGCCGCCAUGCCCUCUGUCGUCGCGCACGCGCACUACAAGCUGCUGUGCUACGGCCCUUCCGCAUACGACACGAACCAAGAAAUGUAUUCCUGGCUAGAAUCAGUAUGGGUCGGGGAGCCCCCGACGGCCUUCGCCGCGGACGGGACCACCACCAGCCUGCUGCCGGACUGGCUGCGGCUGCACCUCGUGCGGUCCGCGAGGCCGGCGCUGCUGGAGCUGGGGUUACGAGCCCUCCCCGCGCAUAAGCUGGCUCUCUUCAUACAGACGUUCGGCAUGCCGCGGUCCGCCUGCAGCGCCCUGCUGGCAGCCCUGGACGCGUGCCCGACGGCGGCGGUGCUGCGGCUGGGCGUGGAGCGCGGCUACAUGGCGCAGCUGCUGCAGGUGCAGCGCGCGCGCGGCUGCACGGGCGGCGAGGCCUUCGCGGCCGCGCUGCGUCUGCAGCCGCCGCCCUACCCGCCCGAUGACACCCUAUUCGAAGAAGAACCCCUCCCCUCCGAGGACGAAGACGAAUGCGCUCCAAUCCCACUAGUCAUCCAACCGGAGCAAGUCCCGGCCUUGCUGACCACCGCCUUCUGCGGCGGCACCUACCCCGGAGACUUGGAUGAGGCCUUCACUGAACUUAACGCUAAUAUAACAGAGGAAGUAAAAAAACUCCGCAAAAACGUUCCAACCGACUGCCCCUACAUCCAAAGAGUGACCAGGUUCCUGCAAGCUGCGGACAGCACCGUCCUGCGCGGCAUGACCGGCGCCGGCCACGCCGCCGUACUGCUGCGCAGCCUGACGCUGGCUCGCUGGGAGCCGCUCCGAGAGGUGUGCUCAAGUUUACUGAAGCAGUUCAAAUGCCCCGCGGGCCCGGUAGCUAACCUGCUGACGCAACUGGCGGCCCCUGAGAGGCGAGCGACCCGCACUGUACCACACCUGCCACAUGCUACCAAGGAACAACUCAUAGCCGCGUUGGAAGCGGCGACACCAAACACCUUGGAGGCAAUAGGUAAUCGCAUCAUCGAGACGCAGAACACACGGCUCGUGGUGGAUGUCAUCUCCACGCUGCUGGAGAAGAACCAGCAGGGCGCUUACGAAUCCGAGGUGAAAGUGGAAGUGGGCGCCGAGCCGGCCCCUCCGCACGUGUUCGCUCGCCGUGGGCUCGGCUGCGGGCUACUGCUGGACUGGAUGUCGGAGCUGCAGCGGGAGACGCUCGGCCCGCAACCUGAACGACAAAUGCGGCUAAUGUUCCGAUCGGGCUCCGCGGCGUGGCGGCCGCUGCUGGUGACGCUGCUGGCGCACCGCGCCUCGUGGCGCACGCUGCACACCUGCCUCUCUACCCUACUGCAGCCUAACGGGGGCUGGGCAGCGAGCGGGGUCCUGGACUUCGCGGAGACCCUGAUGGGCUCGGAGCGCGUGUGGCAGGGCCGCGACCGCGCCGCGCCCAAACACCAGGCGCCGUGCCAUCUGCACAGGCUCACACACACGCAACUGGAAGUCCUAAUCAAGUACAUAAUGGAAGAGGCCUCGGAAGCGGGCCCCUCGCUGGACAGCAUGCGGCGCCGCAUCGAGGCCCGCUUGCCUCUAGCCCUGCGCUGCGCGCCCGACCCGCCGGCGCUGCUCGCCGCCGCCGCCGCCGCCGAGCCGCUCCUGUUACUACUGCUGUACAUGAAGGUGCCAAAGAUCCGCCAACUCCUAAUGGAGAGUGCGGAGCGCCCUCUAACUACCUGCCCACUGGAAGGAGCGGAGCCCUACCAACAAGUAGCGGCCAGCUCCACCAGCGCCACCGACCGCGUGUCCCACACGCUGCUGACGGCGCUCGCGCACCCGAACAAAGAACACGGGAAGGAGGCCAACUUUAAGAGCUGGCGCCUGGAGGCCGGCGUGCGGUCGCUGUGGGCGCGCGUGGCGGGCGCGGGCGCGCGCGCGCUGCCGCUGGCCGGCGCGCUGCUGCGCGGCUCCGUGCCUGCGCCUGCGCGCGCGCAUCUGCUCUCCGCACUGGAGCUGCUGCCUGAUCAUGAACUGCAACGGCCAGAUACAAGUGAAGAAGUGCAGAACAUUCUAGAGUGUUUCGUACAAAUGGCUGCGGCGGGGGGCCGGGAGCGCGAUCGCGAUUCAGCGUUACAACAUCGAGUAGCCGCGCUCAUGCGCCGCGUCGCUACGCAUAGCCCGCCUCGCACGCAUGGAUCCCUGAGCGCGCUGGGCGAGGAGCCCGGCGCGGCGCCCGCCUCGGCCGCGCCGCCGCCGCUAGCGCUGCUCGCGCUGCAGCGGAGAGACCCGCCCGACGACCUGCACGUCUACAUACAGGAAAUUGACCAGUGGGGCAGCCGUCGCGGCGGCGCGUGGGGCGGGCCGGGCGCCGCCACCGCUCUCCUGCGGGCGCUCGCCCCGCUCUGUGCGGAGCCGGGCUCCAUGACGCGCACGGCCGCCCUGGGCCUGCUCACCAAGCUGCUGCCGGCCGUGCCCGACCCUACACCCGGUCUGGACGCUAUCAUGGAGUGCUUGGACUCGUCACUUCCGGAAGUCGCGCAGUCCGUGAUCGACAAACUGCCAGAGCUGGUCGUCGGCAUGCAGGAGCACGCCGCACGGAUCUUGCUAAAGGUGUUCGAGCUGGGCGUGCGCAGCCGCCUGCCCGUCGAGACCAGCCUGGCGCGCUCCGUCGCCGCCAUCAACCUGCAGCGGGGCUGCUGAACACUCAGGAACUACCAUACCAUCGCCCACACCACACUGUCAACUGACACUUCCUAAACCUUAUUACAAAACGCAUAAGGUCCACCGGUGGACAGUUAAGUGUUGCCGUUUGUACCAUACACAAUCGCUUCCUCAAUCAAUGGACCUUAUGUCUUUGUAAUAAGGUCGAACGCCUAUCGUGCGCGGCGCGUCAUCGUGAACCUUGUUGGAAUCAUAGAGAAAUAAGUAAGCAUAAAAUGCUAACUCCAUGCAACAGUUUUCUUACCAAAGCGGUUAUUUCGCGGCCGAGGUCCGCAAAAAUUGAACACGCACCUAACACCUUGACAAUAGAGGCGUGUUCAGAUAUUUGUGAGCACCUUGGCCGCUCAAAUAUAUCUGAUGGCGACUGUACAUAUUGUACACGCGGAAGGAAAUUAAAAGCGAUUUUUACAACAAUGAUGACUCAUAAAAAGAUAGCAAUUUGUCCUCAACUUGCUUUGAAUAACAUAGGCUAGUUUUGGUUUCAAGAUGCUUAUUCCCUUGUAAAUAAUUGUAAUGAAAAAUGUAACAUAAUAUUAGAUGUGAUAAGAACAUAUUUUUUGUGUAAUAAAAUCAAAAAAUACA